AUGGCGAGUGCCUCUUACCAUAUCUCCAACUUACUGGAGAAAAUGACUUCCAGCGACAAGGAUUUCAGAUUCAUGGCCACGAAUGACCUGAUGACAGAGCUUCAAAAAGAUUCAAUAAAACUGGAUGAUGAUAGUGAAAGGAAGGUGGUCAGAAUGAUUCUCAAAUUGCUUGAGGAUAAGAAUGGAGAGGUUCAGAAUCUUGCUGUCAAAUGCCUUGGACCUCUGGUCAGUAAAGUAAAGGAAUACCAAGUGGAAACCAUUGUGGACACAUUGUGUACAAAUAUGCUGUCAGACAAAGAACAACUCAGAGACAUUUCAUCAAUUGGACUUAAAACUGUUAUUGGAGAGUUGCCCCCUGCAUCCAGUGGUUCUGCUCUAGCAGCUAGUGUAUGUAAGAAAAUAACGGGUCGUUUGACUAGUGCUAUUGCCAAACAAGAAGACGUUUCUGUUCAGCUAGAAGCCCUGGACAUCAUGGCUGACAUGUUGUGCAGACAGGGGGGGUUGUUAGUGAAUUUUCAUCCAUCCAUCUUAAGUUGUUUACUGCCUCAACUCACCUCUCCAAGACUGGCUGUCAGAAAGAGAACGAUUAUGGCUUUGGGUCACCUGGUAAUGUCUUGUGGAAAUCUGGUGUUUAUUGAUCUUAUUGAACACCUUCUCACUGAACUUGGGAGGAACGACAACAUGUCCACCACUAGGACCUACAUUCAGUGCACAGCUGCGAUCAGCAGACAGGCUGGACACAGGAUUGGUGAGUAUCUGGAGAAGAUCAUACCACUUGUGGUAAAGUUUUGUAAUGUUGAUGAUGACGAACUUCGAGAGUACUGCAUACAAGCUUUUGAAUCUUUUGUCAGAAGGUGUCCUAAAGAAGUGUAUCCACACGUUCCAACCAUCAUAUCUAUCUGUUUGCGUUACCUAACCUAUGAUCCCAAUUACAAUUUUGAUGAUGAGGAUGAAGAUGACAAUGCUAUGGAUGCAGAGCAAAUUGAUGAAGAUUAUCAAGGCAGUGAUGAUGAGUAUAGUGAUGAUGAUGACAUGAGCUGGAAAGUGCGACGAGCUGCGGCCAAGUGUCUAGAUGCUGUUGUUUCCACUCGUCAUGAGAUGCUGCCAGAGUUUUACCGCUCUGUGUCCCCUGCACUUGUUUGUCGAUUCAAGGAAAGAGAGGAGAAUGUAAAAGCAGAUGUUUUCCACGCGUACCUAUCAUUGCUUAAGCAGACAAGGCCAGCUCAAAGCUGGCUUGCAGAUCCUGAUGCCAUGGAGCAGGGGGAGACGCCUCUGACAAUGCUACAAAGUCAGGUUCCUAUGAUUGUAAAAGCACUUCACAAACAGUUGAAGGAGAAAAGCGUUAAAACCAGACAGUGUUGUUUUAACAUGCUGACAGAGUUGGUGAAUGUUUUGCCAGGAGCCCUCACUCAACAUAUCCCAGUUCUUAUACCAGGAAUAAUAUUUUCAUUGAAUGAUAAGUCAAGCAGCUCCAAUUUGAAAAUUGACGCAUUGGCCUGUCUUUACGUCAUCAUGGUAACUCAUCCUGCUCACGCCUUCCAUGCUCAUGUCCCUGCCCUGGUUCCACCAGUUGUGGCCUGUGUUGGGGAUCCCUUUUAUAAAAUUACCUCAGAAGCGCUACUCGUCACUCAGCAGCUUGUAAAGGUAAUUCGACCUUUAGAAAACUAUUCUGAAGGUGCCGAUGGCUUUGACCCUUCCCCUUACAUCAAUGACUUGUUCACAUGUACAAUUAAACGCCUUAAAGCCGCUGACAUUGACCAAGAGGUUAAAGAGAGAGCUAUUUCUUGUAUGGGGCAGAUCAUUUGUAAUUUGGGGGAUCGCCUCCCUGCGGAGCUUCCUGGGACUUUGUUGAUCUUCUUGGAACGUCUGAAGAAUGAAAUUACUCGGCUCACAACUGUUAAAGCUCUGACUUUGAUUGCUGGAUCACCUUUAAAGAUUGAUUUGAGACCAGUUCUACCUGAUGCUGUUCCAAUUCUUGCUUCGUUCCUACGGAAAAACCAACGCGCCUUAAAGCUUUGCACAUUAGCAGCACUUGACAUCUUACUGAGAAACUACAGCUCGGCUGUCACUCCUGUCAUGGUGGAUGCGGUGUUGGCAGAGCUCCCUCCUCUGAUCUCGGAGAGUGACAUGCAUGUGUCGCAGAUGGCUCUGAGUUUCUUGUCCACUCUGGCAGUGACGCACCCAUCUUCUCUUGGGCAGUUGACUGGGGGUAAUAUAAUGCAACAGCUCAUCACUCUCGUUAGAUCCCCAUUACUGCAAGGGGGUGCCCUGGCAGCCAUGCUCGACUUUUAUCAGGCUCUUGUGUCUACUGACACUGCUGGUCUUGGUUAUAUGGACUUGUUGAGGAUGUUAACUGGCCCAGUAUACUCUCAGAGCACAGCUCUUCCACAUAAACAGGCCUACUGCUCUAUUGCUAAAUGUGUUGCUGCUCUGACACGAGCCUGUCCCACUGAAGGACCUGCUGUGGUUGGGCAGUUUAUUCAGGAUGUAAAAAAUAGCCGCUCCACUGAUUCCAUCAGAUUGCUUGCGCUUUUGUCAUUGGGUGAAGUUGGACACCAUGUAGAUCUCAGCAGCCAACCAGAGCUCAAGACAGUAAUUCUGGAUGCCUUCUCAUCUUCAAGUGAAGAAGUAAAGUCAGCUGCUUCCUAUGCGCUUGGUAGCAUUGCAGUGGGAAAUCUUCCAGAGUAUUUGCCUUUUGUACUACAAGAGAUCUCCUCCUCCAAAAGACAAUAUCUAUUGCUUCACUCAUUGAAGGAGAUAAUCAGUUCAGCAUCUGUAUCUGGUCUUAAGCCAUAUGUAGAGUCUGUUUGGUCUCUAUUGCUUAAACACUGCGAGUGUCAAGAGGAAGGAACCAGGAAUGUUGUGGCAGAAUGUUUGGGCAAAUUGACCUUAAUUGAUCCUGAAACUCUCCUCCCACGCCUCAAAGGAUAUUUGCUCUCUGGUACUUCAUAUGCCAGAAGUUCGGUGGUAACUGCAGUAAAGUUCACAAUCUCUGAUCAACCACAACCUAUUGACCCACUGUUGAAAAACUGCAUAGGUGAUUUCCUAAAGACUCUGGAGGAUCCGGAUUUGAAUGUACGACGUGUUGCUCUUGUCACCUUUAACUCUGCAGCACACAAUAAACCUAGUCUAAUCAGAGAGCUACUGGACUCAGUUUUGCCACAAUUGUACAAUGAAACAAAAGUCAGAAAGGAGCUGAUUCGAGAGGUGGAGAUGGGUCCGUUCAAACACACAGUGGAUGAUGGAUUAGACCUGAGAAAAGCUGCGUUUGAGUGCAUGUACACCCUAUUGGACUCAUGCCUGGACCGGAUAGACAUCUUCACUUUCCUUAACCAUGUUGAGGACGGUUUGAAGGAUCACUAUGAUAUUAAGAUGCUGACAUUCCUUAUGCUGGCCAGAUUGUCCUCUCUUUGCCCCAGUGCUGUUCUCCAGAGACUUGACCGACUAGUUGAACCUCUGCGGGCAACAUGCACUACAAAGGUGAAGGCGAACUCUGUGAAGCAAGAAUUUGAGAAGCAGGAUGAGCUGAAGCGAUCAGCUAUGCGAGCUGUUGUUGCACUGCUAACGAUCCCAGAGGCUGAAAAGUCCCCCUUAAUGUCAGAGUUCCAGUCUCAGAUCUCAUCCAAUCAGGAGCUGGCUGCCAUCUUCGACUCAAUUCAAAGGGACUCCAGCUCCGCUAACAUGGAGUCCAUGGACACCAGCUAA